GGGAAAAUGAUGAUGGUUAUUUGGAUAGUGUUCUCCACCCUCUUGGCGUUCUCCAACGAGGUCCUGGCCAAUCCUGUCCCCGAGAAGAGCGGCGGGCUCACCCUCAGAAUCAUUCACACGAAUGAUAUGCAUUCGAGAUUCGAGCAGACGUCGAAAUUGUCGGGCGUUUGCUCGGCGAAAGAGGCGAAGGAGAAGAAAUGCUACGGAGGAUUUGCCAGGUUGGCGACAUUGAUCCGGCAAGCGCGAAAAUCGGCUGUCCCCUGCCUCUUCUUAAACGCUGGGGAUACGUAUCAAGGAUCCAUCUGGUACAAUGUGUACAAAUGGAAGAUAGUGGCCAAGUUCAUGAAUCUUUUGGCUCCAAACGCCACGAGCUUAGGGAAUCACGAGUUCGACGAUGGCGUGGACGGUCUGAUACCGUUCAUCCAGAACGCCACGUUCCCAAUUGUGACUUCCAAUCUAAAUUUAAGCAAGCAACCAAACUUGGCCGCCACGAAGUUGUUGAAUAGCACGAUACUGACCGUGAACGGAGUAAAGAUCGGUAUAAUCGGUUAUCUGACGCCUGACACAAGGAUAAUAUCUAGAACGGACAACGUCAUGUUCCUGGACGAGGUGCAGAGCAUACGAAGAGAGGCAAAGGAAUUGAAACACAAGGGUGUGAAUAUAUUGAUCGCCGUUGGACAUUCUGGGUUCAAAACGGAUAAAAGGAUCGCUCGGGAAGUGGAGGAUAUCGAUAUAGUGAUCGGUGGACACACCAACACUUUCCUUUACAGCGGGAAACAACCGGAUAGGGAAAUACCGGAAGGGCUUUAUCCAACAGAAAUAACGCAGAAAAGCGGGAGAAAAGUCUAUGUGGUUCAAGCUUUCGCUUACACUAAAUAUCUUGGCAAUUUUACGGUAACUUUCAAUGAUAAGGGAGAAGUAAGCAAUAUUAGUGGCAAUCCUAUUCUCGUGGACAGUAGCAUCGAGCAGGCGGAGGAUAUUUUACACGAAUUAGAACAUAUGAGAAAAAAUGUUGAUAAUGUUAGCGAAGCAAUAAUUGGAAAAACUCGAGUUCUUCUCGAAGGAGAUAGUAAAGUUUGUAGACAAAAAGAAUGCAAUCUAGGUAAUUUGAUUACAGAUGCCAUGAUUGAUUAUAAUGCUGGUGAAUAUGCAGAUCAAAAUAGUUGGACAGAUGCUGCAAUAGCUCUUCAUAAUAGUGGCAGUAUUAGAACUUCUAUCACAAGAGCUAAUGACGAUAAAGUUACAAUGGGAGACAUUCUUAGUGUGCUACCUUUCCAAAAUACUAUUGUAAAAGCUUCGUUAACUGGAGAAAUGUUAUUAUCUGUAUUAGAAUGGAGUGUUUAUAAUCUGGAAAAGAAUAAUAGUGUUAAUCUUGUUGGAGCAUUUCUACAAAUCUCUGGACUUCAGGUGAUCUAUGAUUUAUCUCAACCAAAAAAUUCAAGGAUAGUUUCGGUAAAAGUGUUGUGUGCAUUUUGCAGUAUUCCAACGUAUAGUAAAUUAGAAAAAAAUCAAACUUAUAAUGUACUUCUGACUGAUUUUAUGCAAAGUGGUGGCGAUGGAUAUUCUAUGUUAAAGAAUCUCCAAACUCAACCUCUUGGUGCUACUGCAGCAGAUAUGUUAGUCGAAUAUUUGAAAAAACAUAGUCCUGUGCAUCCUGCUAUUGAAUGGAGAAUUACUUACUUAAAUGAUCAAAUUAUGCAUAUAUAUAAUAAUAGUUCUAACAGCAUAUAUCAGUUUAUCAAAUUAGCAAUUUUAUUACCAAUAAUUAGUUUGUUACUAGCAAGAUAGAUUCUAUAUGUAAUACACACUGAGAAACCGACAUUCAGUAUUUUAAAACUUCAUAAUUUAUACCCACAUUUUAUGUACGUUUUACCUUUCUCACUACCUCAAAUAUGAUAUGUAUAUUACAAACUAUUUUGAUGUUAUCAGUAAAAAUAUCAUAAAUACUUAAUUAUUCGGUAUAUAAUGAAAAUACUUUAAUUAAUAUUUUAUAUUUUGGAUUUUUUGUCAAUCGAUAUUUAAUAAAAAUAAUAGAAUACAUAUAUCA